ACAACACUCAGCACGCAACCUGGAUGUGCACUAUAUUUUCCUAUGUUUUGAGAAAAUAAAACCACCUAGUUAUGCAUUUCAGAUAGCACUGCACAUUUUAGAACUAUCCGUGUCUUUGUAAGGAAAAAAGUCAGUUUAUUUUAUCAAACAGGCCGAGUGUUUCAAACUCGCCGUGACAAUGUCGACUGCCAUGGACUUCCAUUCUCAGAUUGCUUCCAUUAUGGAGGUGCUGGCUAACGCGGCCGUCGCGGAAAUUUGUAAAGUUGUGGACGACGGAUACACGGUGGUACAUCUGCAAAUGUCCCGGAGCCAGAAAGACAACGAGUUUCUGCGCAGGAAAAUCAAACUGAUGGAGUUGCAGAUCGCCAGAUACCGAGCGGACAGAGUGAAGGGAGCGGACGGCUUCAUGGGCAGCCGCUUCGCCAGCGUCCGCCUCCUCAACCGGCAGAACAGGGACUCACUGGGGGCAGGCCCCACUCUGCAAGGCAGGACCAGGUUUCUGAACCGAGACCCAGGGACUCAGUCUGUGAAGAAGAUCCAGCCUAUCAACCUGGACCAGGAUCCUGAUCAGGAGGUUGUCACCACCACCAAAUCUGAGUCAGCAGAACCUGAGGAGGAGGCGGGACUGCUAAUCGUGAAAGUGGAGGGAACAAUGGAGACCGGAACCCCCAACCACGAGGCGGCAGCAGAGGUCUGCACCAGCAGCAGAGGAGACGCACACACCGCCAGAUGCCAUAGCGAAAAGGAGGGCCAGAGAUGUCUGAAAAGCACGAGCAGCGCUCAGCACAGGGAGGAAGAGAUGCAUGAAGUGCAAGGUGUUUCCCCAGAGAACCGCAGUCCUUCCCAAAUGCUGCUGGGAUUGCAGGAGAGCAGUGAGACUGAAGGUAGAGAGUGGCCAUCUUGUUCCACGUGCACGGCAGAAACUGUAGCAGAAAACUCAUCAUUUAGCCAUGUAAGGACAAACCUUGUCUCUAGUUUCCCCACUGUUUCUAAAAGGCCUCAGUGCGACAUGGACCAGGCAAGCUCUGUAACUAAGCUUGAUGUCAUUGUGUUGAACUCACCUCCCCGCGCAGCAGAGGACAGCUGCGGUAGGACGUUGUUGUCUGGACGAGGUGCGGACGACGCAGCUGAAGAUGUGACACCUGUCAUAGGUCAGGACAACACCAGUGUGAGGUCGCAGUAUCAGCCGCUGCUGUGUAUUCAGAUCAAUGAGCCAUCGAGUGACGUGAAGUUUGAAGGUAAUGCAGCCUACAACCUUUAUACUUUUAACAACCCCCUGGUUGGCAUAGGGGCAGUGGAUGCCCAGCAACAGCAAAGCCAGCAUUCAUGGUCUGGAAUCCAGCCGAUGGACAACGCUCACUUCUCCAGUCAAAACCACCUUUAUCAAGAAUCCAGCAAUCAGAACCAGGAGUCUGGAACCGCUCAGUCCCAGCUGCCCAGCCUCCCCUAUGCCUGCACCUUCUGUGUACGGCGCUAUGCCCACCAGUGCCAGCUGCGUAUCCAUGAGCGCGUCCAUACCGGCGAAAAGCCAUUCCGGUGCGUCCAGUGCGGGAAGAGCUUCGCCCAGGUCUGCAGCCUCAAGCGCCACCAGAUGGUCCACACGGGGGAGAGACCGUUCCCCUGCCCCCAUUGUGGGAAGCAGUUCUCCACCUCCACCAACUUGAAGGUCCAUCAGAGUGUCCACACCGGGGAGAAGAGGUUCCUCUGCUCCAAGUGUGGCAAGAACUUCUCCUUCCUCAGCAAUCUCAUCAGGCACCAGGCUCUGCACACCGCCAAAUAGAGCAAGUUCCACAGGGCUUUGUAAACCCCCCUGUAUAUACACAAAGGGACAAAUGAACAUGAACAAUAUGAUGCAAUCAGCACAACCGUCCACAACUAUUUUAUGACAUGAAACUGUUUAUAUUCGUGUGGAUAGAUGAGAUGUGUCUGUUCUUCAUUUCAGCAGCAUUUGGUCAUCAUGAACGUAAACAUUUUACUUUUAGUGCCAUUUCAGGUCUGAUGUCAGUGCUGUUGAGAAGUACUCAUCCAUGUCACUCAGUUUGUCUUUGGAUUCACUUUGGAAAAUGUUUGGGAAGUCUUGGAUAGCAUCCGGU